AUGGAUCACCAAAUAAGUUCAGGAGCUAAGGUGAUCACCGUCGAUGUACACGCAGCUAAAAACCUCCUAAAUUCAGGCCACCGCUAUCUGGAUGUCAGAACAGUAGAAGAAUUUGAGAAGGGUCAUGUGGAGAAGGCCUUCAACAUUCCUUACAUGUUCGAUACACCCCAAGGUAGGGUUAAAAAUCCGAAAUUUAUGGAGCAGGUUCUGUCCACGUGCUGCAAGGAAGAUCAUCUCAUUGUGGGCUGCCAAAGCGGGGUGAGAUCUGUGUAUGCAACUUCUGAUCUUCUUAAAGCUGAAUUCAAGCAUGUGAGUAACAUGGGAGGUGGAUAUAUUGCCUGGGUGGAGAAUGGAUUUGCAGUUCAGAAGCCAAAAUUGGAGCUGUAA